AUGUCAUUGGAUAUUCCUGUAAUCGAUUUUUAUCCUUUUCUUAAUGGAACAGAUGAAGAUCGGGAAAAAAUCUCAUUAGAAAUAGGUAAAGCUUGUCGUAAUGUUGGUUUCUUCUAUUUAUCAAAUCAUGAUAUACCAUCAUCACUUAUUGAACGUGUCUAUCAACAAGCCGAACAUUUUUUUUCUCAAUCAAUUGAAGAAAAAAUGAAAUUAUAUAUUGGUUCAUGUCCAUAUGGAAAUAAUCGAGGUUAUACACCAAUGUUUGAAGAAAAAUUAAGUCCCAAAGGUGAUCUUAAAGAAGGUUUUGAUUUAGCUAUGGAAUUACCAGCUGAUGAUAAAGAUCGAAUAGAACGGGGAGCUAUUUUAUAUGGACCUAAUUUUUGGCCCGAUAAUCUUCAUGGAUUUCGUGAAUGUAUUNAGAUAAUAGUACAUUAA